AUGGUCCUGCAGCAAAGUAGCCUAGAAAUUAUUUCAAACAAUGACAACUAUGCAUUUGUUAUGCAUAAAUAUUGCACUGCAGAGCAACAGUUGUGUGAUCCAGGAGAAUAUCUUUGCCAUGAUAAUGUCACAUGCGUAUCACAGAGCUGGCUGUGUGAUGGGGAGCCAGACUGCCCUGACAACUCUGAUGAGUCUGUAUACACUUGUCAUGAAAAAAUUGUAUUUAAAUGUCCAAGGAAUCAUGUGGCCUGCGUUGGAACAAAAACUUGCAUCCAUUAUAGCAAACUUUGCAAUGGAGUCUAUGACUGCACAGAUGGAUAUGAUGAAGGUGCACAUUGUCGGGAACUGCAAACAACAUGUCAGAAAAGAAAUUGCCAAUAUAAAUGUGCAAUAACAAGAAAUGGUACUGAGUGCUACUGCAGAGAUGGGUAUGAAACAGGACCAGAUGGAAGGACCUGCACAGAUAUCGAUGAGUGUGCAGCAUAUGGAUCCUGCAGUCAGACUUGCAGAAAUACACUUGGAUCUUACACAUGCAGCUGUAUUGAAGGUUACUUAAUUCAAUCUGACAAUAAGUCCUGCAAGGCAAAAAAUGAGCCUGCUGACAGACCUCCGGUUCUUUUGAUUGCAAACUCUGAAACAAUUGAAGUGCUGGAUAUUAAUGGGGGUAAAGCACCCACCAGGAGCUCAAUGAAUGCAAAUGGAAUUCACACAUUGGGUUUUAUUUAUGAAGAAAAUAAAGUCUGCUGGAUUGAAACCAAAAAGCCUUCAAAUCAACUGAAAUGUUACAAUAUAAUGAAAACGGGGACAUUUACAGAUGAACAGAUAAUACAACUUUCCCAGUACCUAAAUAAUGUGCACCAAAUGGCAGUAGACUGGCUCACAGGAAAUUACUACUUUGUGGAUGAUGGAAAUGACAGAAUUUUUGUAUGCAAUCACAAUGGAACAGUCUGUAUUACACUAAUAGAUCUGGAUCUCCAUAACCCAAAAGCCAUUGCUGUUGAUGCUCCAGCUGGGAAACUCUUCUUCACUGACUAUGGGAAUGUUGCAAAAGUUGAAAGGUGUGACUUGGAUGGAAUGAACAGGACAAAGAUAGUUGUUUCGAAAAUUGAGCAGCCAACAGCCUUGACUCUGGAUCUUGUUAAUAAAUUUGUUUACUGGGCAGAUGUCUAUCUGGACUAUAUUGAAGUAGUUGACUAUGAAGGACGGAACAGACAAUUAAUAAUUCAAGGCAAAGAGGUCAGUCAUGUGUAUGGUCUAUCAUUAUUUGAAAAUUAUUUGUAUGCCAGUAACACAGAUAGCUCCACCAUCUUAAGAAUAAACCGAUUUAAUAGCACAGAUGUCUUCUCACUGCUGAACCUAGAAAAUGCCCGUGACAUUCACAUUUAUCACAAAAGAACACAGCCGGCAGUCAGGAGCUAUGCAUGUGAAAUAAACCCAGAUGGAAUGCCCGGGGGAUGCGAACACAUCUGCCUGCUCGGCUCCAGUUAUAAAAUGCGGACUUGUCGCUGCAAGACUGGCUUCAGCUUGGCAAGUGAUGGAAGGUCAUGCAAAAAGCCUAAGAAUAAGCUGUUUCUGUUUUAUGGGAAAGGAAGGCCAGGAAUUAUUCGAGCAAUGGAUCUUAAUACCACCAUUUCUGACGAAUACAGGCAUCCCAUUGAAAACUUAGUUAACCCCAGAGCAUUAGACUACCAUGCAGAGACCAACUAUAUUUACUUUGCUGACACUACCAGCUUUCUUAUUGGACGACAAAAAAUUGAUGGUUCAGGGAGAGAAACCAUUCUUAAAGAUGACCUUGACAAUGUAGAAGGAAUUGCUGUGGACUGGAUAAGUAACAAUUUGUAUUGGACAAAUGAUGGACACAGAAAAACCAUUAAUGUAGCUCGUCUGGAGAAAGCAUCUCAAAGCAGAAAGACCUUAUUAGAGGGAGAAAUGUCACAUCCCAGAGGAAUCGUUGUGGAUCCUGCUAAUGGUUGGAUGUACUGGACAGAUUGGGAAGAAGAUGAAAUAGAUGACAGCAUGGGAAGAAUUGAGAAAGCAUGGAUGGAUGGUUCUAACCGACAGAUCUUUGUGACAUCAAAUAUGUUAUGGCCGAAUGGGUUAUCACUAGACCAUGAAAACAGCAUUUUGUACUGGUGUGAUGCUUUCUAUGACCACAUUGAACAGAUAUACUUAAAUGGAACUUUCAGAAAGGUAGUGGGUAGUGGGAGAGAGUUGAAUCAUCCUUUUGGACUCUCUCAUCACGGACCUUAUGUUUUUUGGACAGACUAUAUGAAUGGGUCGAUAUUUCAGCUGGACCUCAGAAAUAAAAACAUUACACUACUGAGGCAGGAAAGGCCACCAUUAUUUGGUCUUCAAAUCUAUGACCCCAGAAAACAGCAAGGUGACAAUGCUUGUCGGUUAAACAACGGGGGUUGCGGAACACUGUGUUUGGCUAUACCUGGAGGCAGGGUUUGUGGCUGUGCGGAUAACCAACAUUUGGAUGAAAAUAAUUCAACUUGUGUGUUUAACUUUGAAGAAAAAUUACCCCAGCUGUGUAAUAGAGAGGAGUUUCAAUGUAAAAACCAUCGCUGCAUCCAAGAGAACUGGAAAUGUGAUGGAGAAGAUGACUGCUUAGAUGGUAGUGAUGAAGAUUUUGAAAACUGCUUGAACCAUAGCUGUCCAAAUAAUCAGUUUAAGUGUCAAAGUAACCGUUGUAUUCCCAAGAGAUGGCUUUGUGAUGGAGCCAAUGAUUGUGGAAGUAAUGAAGAUGAAUCAAAUGAGACCUGUUUAGCAAAGACCUGUCAGCCUCAUCAAUAUUCUUGUAACAAUGGUCGGUGUAUUUCUUUGUCUUGGCUAUGUGAUCAAGAAGAUGAUUGCGGUGAUCGUUCCGAUGAAAUGGCUUCAUGUGAACCUCAGACAUGUGAAUCUGAUACUCAGUUUGUGUGUGGAAAUGGCCAUUGCAUUAGCAAUAAGUGGCACUGUGAUUCAGAUGAUGAUUGUGGUGAUGGCAGUGAUGAGAAGGGAUGUUCAGUCUCAUGCACUGAUAAGCAGUUUAGAUGCUCAAGUGGAAGAUGUAUUCCUGAACACUGGGUUUGUGAUGGUGACAAUGACUGUGGAGACUUUAGUGAUGAAACUCAUUUUAACUGUUCUAGAACAGUUUUUCCUGUCUCUGGGGCGUGUGAAGCUAAACAGUUCCAGUGCCAUCCUGAUGGGAACUGUAUUCCAGAAUUAUGGCUUUGUGAUGGAGAAAAGGAUUGUGAAGAUGGUAGCGAUGAGAGAGGCUGCAAUGGAACACUACGUCAAUGUGAUGCUAAAACAAAAUUUGCAUGCAAAAAUACAGGCAGAUGCAUUAGCAAUGCAUGGGUGUGUGAUGGAGAUAUUGAUUGUGAGGACCAUUCAGAUGAGGAUUAUUGUGAAGGUUAUAUUUGUGGACCACCCAAAUACCCUUGUGCUAAUGAUACCUCCAUCUGCCUGCAGCCUGAGAAGCUUUGCAAUGGGAGAAGAGAUUGUCCCGAUGGAUCAGAUGAAGGAGAUAUUUGUGAUGAAUGUUCACUGAACAAUGGUGGUUGCAGUCAUCAAUGUAUUAUAGCUCCUGGAAGGGGAAUUGUCUGUUCCUGCCCACAAGGAAUGCACCUGAGUGCUGACAACAAAACAUGUGACCAAGUUGAUUAUUGCACAAAACAUCUAAAAUGCAGCCAAGUUUGUGAGCAGCACAAACAAAUUAUUAAAUGUUCAUGUUAUGAGGGAUGGGUGUUAAAUCCAGAUGGUGAAACAUGUAGCAGUGUUGAUACUUUUGAAGCCUUUAUAAUAUUUUCGAUUCGACAUGAGAUCAGACGUAUUGACCUCCAUAGAAGAGACUACAGCCUGCUGGUUCCUGGCUUACGAAAUACCAUUGCAUUGGAUUUUCAUUUUAAUCAAAGUCUACUGUACUGGACAGAUGUUGUAGAAGACAAAAUAUACAGAGGCAAACUAUCGGACACUUCUGGCGUAAGUGGAAUUGAGGUUGUCAUCCAGCAUGGCCUUGCCACCCCUGAAGGCUUAGCUAUAGACUGGAUAGCAGGAAAUAUUUAUUGGAUAGACAGCAAUCUGGAUCAAAUGGAAGUUGCUAAAUUAGAUGGCACAAUGAGAUCAACACUUAUUGCAGGUGGCAUGGAACAUCCUCGAGCUAUUGCUUUGGAUCCCCGAUAUGGAAUACUUUUUUGGACUGACUGGGAUGCUACAUUUCCAAGGAUUGAAUCAGCAUCAAUGAGUGGUGCUGGUAGAAAGAUAAUUUACAAAGACAUGGAAAGUGGAGCUUGGCCAAAUGGCCUCACUGUUGAUCACUUUGAAAGAAGAAUUGUGUGGACUGAUGCCAGAUCUGAUGCUAUUUAUUCUGCACUUUAUGACGGAACUGCUAUGAAGGAAAUAAUCCGUGGCCAUGAGUACUUAUCUCAUCCCUUUGCUGUUUCUCUGUAUGGAAGUGACGUGUACUGGACAGACUGGAGAACGAAUACUCUAUCAAAAGCCAACAAAUGGACUGGGCACAAUGUUAGUGUUAUUCAAAAAACAAGUGCCCAGCCUUUUGACAUUGAAAUUUAUCAUCCAAGUCGUCAGCCUCAAGCUCCUAAUCCUUGUGCUAGUGAGAAUGGAAAAGGACCAUGCUCUCAUCUGUGUUUGAUAAAUUUCAACAGGACUGCAGCCUGUGCUUGUCCCCAUCUAAUGAAAUUAUCGUCUGAUAAGAAGACAUGCUAUGAGAUGAAGAAAUUACUUGUAUAUGCAAGAAGGUCAGAGAUCAGAGGAGUUGACAUUGAGAAUCCCUACUUCAACUUCAUCACAGCUUUCACUGUUCCUGAUAUUGAUGAUGUUACCGUUAUAGACUUUGAUGCUGCAGAGGAGAGACUAUACUGGACUGAUGUUAAGACUCAGACAAUUAAACGUGCUUUCAUAAAUGGAACAUCCAUUGAGACGGUUAUUUCAGGAGAUAUUCAUAGUAUACGAGGCCUUGCUGUAGACUGGUUAUCUCGGAAUUUGUACUGGAUUAGUUCAGAAUAUGAUGAAACACAAAUAAAUGUUGCUAGAAUGGAUGGUUCACUCAAAACCUCAGUUAUACAUGGGAUUGAUAAAGCACAAAGUCUUGCAGUUCAUCCAAUCAGGGGGAAAAUAUUCUGGAUGGAUGGAAAUAGCAUAAAUAUGGCAAAUAUGGAUGGCAGUAACAGCAAGAUUCUUUUUCAGAAUCAAAAGGAUCCAAUUGGUUUAUCAAUAGAUUAUGGAGACAACAAACUUUACUGGAUUAGCUCAGGAAAUGCAACUAUAAAUAGGUGUAAUCUGGAUGGCAGCAAUUUAGAAGUCAUAGAGUCAAUGAAAUCACAAUUGAGUAAACCGACAGCCUUAACCAUUGUGGAUAACAAACUAUGGUGGGCAGAUCAAAACCUUGGACAAAUUGGAACAUGCAAUAAAAAGGAUGGAAGAAAUCCUUCCGUUAUGAGAAACAAGACAUUAGGAGUUAUGCACAUGAAACUCUAUGAUAAGGAGGCUCAGCAAGGUAGUAAUCCCUGCCAGAUAAAUAAUGGUGGGUGCUCACAAUUAUGUUUGCCAACUUCUGAAACAACAAGAACCUGCAUGUGUACUGUUGGCUAUAACCUUAAAAAAAAUCGGAUGUCAUGUCAAGGUAUUGAAUCAUUUCUAAUGUAUUCAGUGCAUGAAGGGAUUCGAGGAAUACCUCUCGACCCAAGUGAUAGAAUGGAUGCACUCAUGCCCAUCUCAGGAACAUCAUUUGCUGUUGGAAUUGAUUUCCAUGCAGGAAAUGACUCAAUUUAUUGGACUGAUAUGGGCUUGAACAGAAUCAGCCGGUCCAGAAGGGACCAGACUUGGAAAGAAGAUAUAAUGACUAAUGGCUUGGGAAGAGUGGAAGGAAUAGCAAUAGACUGGAUUGCGGGAAACAUAUAUUGGGCCGAUCAUGGUUUUAAUGUAAUUGAGGUUGCAAGACUCAAUGGUUCUUUCAGAUUUGUGGUGAUCUCACAAGGUAUUGACCAGCCCAGAGCUAUUGCAAUACAUCCAGAAAAAGGCUAUCUCUUCUGGACAGAGUGGGGUCAGACUCCAUGCAUAAGCAGAGCACGAUUAGAUGGGUCAGAACGCACUGUAUUAGUGAACACAGCAAUUUCAUGGCCGAAUGGAAUCUCUGUGGACUACGAGGAAAAUAAAUUAUACUGGUGUGAUGCGCGCACAGACAAGAUAGAAAGGAUCGACCUUGAGAGUGGACGAAAUCGCGAGAUUGUGCUGUCAGGGAGCAAUGUGGAUAUGUUUUCUGUUGUAGUCUUCGGGGCUUACAUUUACUGGUCUGACAGAGCACAUUCCAAUGGCUCGAUUCGAAGGGCCCACAAAAAUGAUGCCACAGAUGCUGUGACGAUGAGAACUGGCCUUGGAAUCAACCUCAAAGAUGUGAAAGUGUUUAACAGAGCCAGAGAAAAAGGUACCAACAUUUGUGCCAAGAACAAUGGAGGAUGUCAACAGCUCUGUUUAUACAGAGGGAAUAUGCAAAGGACGUGUGCCUGUGCUCACGGAUAUCUUGCAAAAAAUGGGGUUACUUGUUUAAAACACGAGGGCUACUUAUUAUAUUCAGGGAGAACAAUAUUAAAGAGUAUUCAUCUAUCAGAUGAGACAAAUCUGAAUUCACCAAUACAGCCUUAUGAAAAUCCAGAUUUUUUCAAGAAUGUAAUAUCCUUGGCAUAUGACUAUAACUCCAACGAAAAAGGCCCUAACCGGAUUUUCUUCAGUGAUGCCCACUUUGGAAAUAUACAGUUAAUCAAUGAUGAUUGGACAGGAAGGAACAUAUUAAUUGAAAAUGUAGGCUCUGUGGAAGGUCUAGCUUAUCACAGAGCUUGGGAUACACUUUACUGGACCAGUUCUACCACAUCAUCCAUCACCCGGCAUACAGUAGACCAAAGCAGGAGAGGGGCAUUCAACAGGGAAGCUGUUAUCACCAUGUCUGAAGAUGACCACCCUCAUGUUCUUGCACUUGAUGAGUGCCAAAAUUUAAUGUUUUGGACUAACUGGAAUGAACAGCAUCCGAGCAUCAUGAGAGCCACACUUUCAGGACAAAAUGCACAAGUCAUUGUCAGCACGGACAUUGUGACUCCAAAUGGUCUCACCAUUGAUCACCCAGCAGAGAAGCUCUACUACUCUGACGGCAGCCUGGGAAAGAUAGAGCGAUGUGAAUAUGAUGGAUCACACAGACAAGUAAUUGUCAGAUCUGGACCAGGUACUUUUUUCAGUCUGGCCAUUUACAAUGACUAUAUCUUUUGGUCUGACUGGGUGAGACGGGCUAUACUUCGCUCUAACAAAUACACAGGAGGAGACACCAAAGUUCUUCGGUCUGACAUACCACACCAGCCAAUGGGAAUAAUUGCAGUAACCAAUGACACCAACACAUGUAAGCUGUCACCAUGUUCUUACCUUAAUGGAGGAUGCCAUGACCUUUGCCUUAUUACUCCUGAUGGUCGUGUCAAUUGUUCAUGCCGAGGAGAUCGAGUACUAGUAGAUGACAACAGAUGUGUGAGUAAAAAUUCCUCCUGUAAUAUGUUCUCUGAGUUUGAAUGUGCAAAUGGGGAAUGUAUUGAGUACCAACAAACCUGUGAUGGAAUUGUUCAUUGCAAAGACAGAUCUGAUGAAAAGCAGUCAUAUUGUGAAAACCGAAAAUGUUGGAGAGGAUUCAGACUCUGCGGUAAUCACCGUUGCAUUCCAAACAAUAAAGUCUGUAACGAUGAAAAUGAUUGUGGUGACAACUCAGAUGAACUAGACUGCAAGAUUUCAACAUGUCCGUCCACAGAAUUUCACUGCACAGAUGGGACCUGCAUUACUAAAUCAGCACAGUGCAACCAAAUGAUUGAUUGUGUGGAUGCUUCAGAUGAGAAGAACUGCAACAAUACUGAUUGUACUCAUUAUUACAAACUUGGCAUCAAAACGACUGGAUUUAUAAGAUGCAAUUCUACUUCACUAUGCAUUUUGCCAGAAUGGAUAUGUGAUGGUGCAAAUGACUGUGGGGACUAUUCGGAUGAAUUAAAAUGUCCAGCUCAAAACAAACAGAAAUGUGAAGAAAACUAUUUUGAAUGCCAAAAUGGAAGAUGUAUUUCCAAUGCCUGGGUUUGUGAUGGACAGAGAGACUGUGAAGAUGGAAGGGAUGAGUUACAUUGUGAUACCUCCUGUUCAUGGAGUCAAUUUGCCUGUUCGAAAAAUAAGUGUAUAUCAAAACAGUGGGUAUGUGAUGGAGAGGAUGAUUGUGGCAAUAGUUCUGAUGAAAGUGAAGAAUUAUGUGGUUCUGUUACCUGUGCAGCUGACUUUUUUAGCUGUCCUGGUUCUCAUGCAUGUGUUCCCCCUAACUGGCUUUGUGAUGGAGAAAGAGACUGCCCAAAUGGAAGUGAUGAACUUUCAACAGCUGGUUGUGCUCCUGUAACAACUUGUGAUGAAAAUGCUUUUAUGUGCAACAACAAAGUCUGCAUUCCAAAACAGUAUAUGUGUGAUUUUGAUGAUGACUGCGGUGAUGGCUCAGAUGAAUUGUUAGAAUGUGGGUACCGCCAGUGUGGCCCAGAAGAAUUUAGCUGUGCAGAUGGGAGGUGCUUGCUCAAUUCCCAUUGGGAAUGUGAUGGAGACUUUGAUUGCGUGGAUCACUCAGAUGAAGCUCCAUUAAACAAAAAGUGUUGGAGUGCAGAACAGUCAUGCAACAGUUCAUCUUUUGUGUGCAAAAAUGGCAAAUGUGUUCCCAAGGGAGCACUGUGUGACAUGAGAGAUGACUGUGGAGAUGGAUCUGAUGAGAGAGGAUGCCAUGUAAAUGAAUGCUUAAGUAAAAGAGUCAGUGGUUGUUCCCAAGAUUGUCAAGAUCUCCCAGUUGGAUACAAGUGCAAGUGUUGGCCUGGAUUUCGAUUGAAAAAUGAUGGGAAAACAUGUGUAGACAUUGAUGAAUGCCUAUCUGGAUUCCCCUGUAGCCAGCAAUGCAUCAAUACCUAUGGAACCUACAAGUGUCUCUGUGCAGAGGGAUACCAAAUUCAUCCUGAAUAUCCAAAUGGCUGCAAAUCUCUUUCAGAGGAAGACCCUUUCUUGCUUCUUGCUGAUCACCAUGAAAUCAGAAAAAUGAGCACUGAUGGAUUCAACUAUACAAUGCUAAAACAGGGACUGAACAAUGUAAUAGCAAUGGACUUUGAUUACAGAGAAGAGGUAAUUUAUUGGAUUGAUUCCAGCAGAUCAAAUGGCAGCCGUGUAAACAGAAUGUUUGUGAAUGGAAGUGAUGUAAAGGUAGUACAUAACACUGCUAUCCCAAAUGCACUAGCUGUUGACUGGAUUGGAAAAAACCUUUAUUGGUUUGAUACAGAGAAAAGGGUCAUUGAAGUCUCAAAACUCAAUGGCUUGUAUCCUACUAUUCUCGUCAGCAAAAAGAUCAAGUUUCCAAGAGAUCUGUCACUGGAUCCACAAACAGGGUAUUUGUAUUGGAUUGAUUGCUGUGAAUAUCCCCACAUUGGCCGAGUAGGUAUGGAUGGCACCAAUCAAAGCGUUGUCAUAGAAACAAUGAUUUCCAGGCCAAUGGCUCUAACAAUAGACUAUGUUAACAAAAGAAUCUAUUGGGCCAAUGCAAACCAUAUUGAAUUUUCAGACAUGAAUGGCUUUAACCGGCACAAAGUCCCUAAUCAAGAUGUUCAAGGGGUGAUUGCAUUAACAUUGUUUGAAGACUACAUCUACUGGACAGAUGGAAAAAUGAAGUCACUUAACCGUGUCCAUAAAACAUCUGGCGAGAACAAGGCAUCACUGAUUAACUCUUGGCAUGCUAUAUCAGACAUUGAAAUUUAUCAUGCAUACAGACAACCUGAUGUGCCUGACCAUCCCUGUAAAAGUUACAAUGGGGACUGCAGUCACUUAUGCCUGUUGUCACCGCACAAAUCACACACAUGUGCCUGCCCCACUAAUUUCUAUCUCGCAGAAGAUAAGAAGACCUGCUUGUCAAACUGCACUGCUAGUCAGUUUCGUUGCAAUACAGAUAAAUGCAUUCCCUUUUGGUGGAAAUGUGACACGGUUGAUGACUGUGGAGAUGGAUCUGAUGAACCUGCUGAGUGCCCGGAAUUUAAAUGCCAGCCAGGGCGAUUUCAAUGCGGAAGUGGACUUUGUGCUCUCCCAGCCUUUAUUUGUGAUGGAGAGAAUGACUGUGGAGACAAUUCCGAUGAACUCAACUGUGACACAUAUGUCUGCCUGUCGGGUCAAUUCAAAUGUACCAAGAAGCAAAAAUGCAUCCCAAUAAAUCUUCGCUGCAAUGGCCAAAAUGACUGCGGAGAUGAAGAAGAUGAGAUUGAUUGCCCUGAAAAUAGCUGCUCUCCUGAUCAUUUCCAAUGCAAAACUACAAAGCAUUGUAUAUCUAAGCUUUGGGUGUGUGAUGAGGAUGCCGACUGUGCAGAUGGAUCUGAUGAGGCAAACUGCGACAAAAAGGCAUGUGGGCUCCAUGAGUUCCAGUGUAAAAACAAAAACUGUAUUCCAGAUCAUUGGAGAUGUGAUGGACAAAAUGAUUGUGGGGAUAAUUCAGAUGAGGAAAGUUGCAAACCACAGACAUGUGCUUUAAAAGAGUUUCUUUGUUCUAACGGAGACUGCAUUUCAUCAAGAUUUUGGUGCGAUGGGGAAUACGACUGUGCAGAUGGAAGCGAUGAGCGAAAUUGCGGAACCGGAUGUGCAAAGGACCAGUUUCAGUGUUCUACUGGACAGUGCAUAUCAUCAAAGUGGAAAUGUGAUGGGCAUGAAGACUGUAAAUCUGGAGAAGAUGAAAAACAUUGUGAACCAGUAUCACCAACGUGUUCGUCAAGUGAAUAUGUGUGUGACAGUGGAGGAUGUGUUUCAGCAUAUUUGAGAUGUAAUGGAGAAUACGAUUGUGCUGAUGGCUCAGAUGAGAAUGACUGUGUGGCUGAAUGCAAAGAAAACCAGUUUCGAUGCAGAAACAGAGCUUAUUGCAUCCCAUUGAGGUGGUUUUGUGAUGGCGUUCAAGACUGUGUGGAUGGCAGUGAUGAAGAUAAUUGUGACAGAGCAAAUAUAUGCAGAGCUGACGAGUUCCUGUGUAAUAAUACUCUCUGCAAACUACAAUUAUGGUUAUGUGAUGGAGAAGAUGAUUGCGGAGACAAUUCAGAUGAAGUGCCUGAAAUAUGUGUAAAGUUUCUGUGCCCACCAACAAGGCCUUUCAGAUGCCAUAACAACCGAGUGUGCCUAAGAACAGAACAGAUUUGCAAUGGAUUGGAUGAGUGUGGUGAUAACUCAGAUGAAGCUUGCUGUGCAGCAAGACAAAAAGUGAAACCAUGCAAAAAGGAUGAGUUCACCUGCAAUAAUAAAAAAUGCAUCUCUGUGGAGUUCCAGUGCGAUAAAUUUGAUGAUUGUGGGGAUGAAAGUGAUGAACAGGGCUGUAAAAUGGAACUGGGUGAAUUCUCUUGUGAGGAUGAUGUAAAUCCUUGUGGAGAUGAUGCCUACUGCAAUGAGACAAAUACACCUGCUGUUUGUCAGUGUAAGGCUGGUUUCCAGAGAAACUUGAAAAACAGACAGUGUGAAGACAUCAAUGAGUGCUUACUCCUGGGUAGCUGUUCCCAUCACUGUACAAACUUGAAAGGAUCCUACCGAUGUUUGUGUGACAGAAAUUUCCUAGAAAUAAAUCACAGUUGUAUAGCACAAGACACGGAAGAUCAAGUUCUAUAUGUUGCCAAUGAUACAGAGGUCCUUGCUUUCACAUAUCCUUUUGGUAACAAUGCAAAGCAUCAGCAGAUUUCUCGCAUUGCCUACAAUUCCAGGAUAACAGGAAUGGACAUGUAUCUACAGGGAAAUAUGAUUAUCUGGAGCACACAGUUUAACCCAGGGGGUAUUUUCUUCAAUACAUUUCACGGGAGAGGAGGAAAAGAAACCAGAAGUGGUUUGAUUUGCCCAGAAUUUAAAAGACCAAGAGAUAUUGCAGUUGAUUGGAUUUCAGGGAAUAUCUACUGGACAGACCAUUCACGCAUGCAUUGGUUCAGUUAUUACACUUCUCACUGGACCAAUCUGAGAUACUCCAUUAAUGUAGGGCAAAUACAUGGUCCUAAUUGUACACGACUCCUAACACAUAUUGCUGGAGAACCUUAUGCUAUUGCUGUCAAUCCAAAAAAAGGAAUGAUGUACUGGACAGUUAUUGGUGAUCGGUCACACAUAGAAGAGGCAGCAAUGGAUGGCACUCUAAGAAGAAUAAUAGUGCAGAAAAAUUUGCAAAGACCAACAGGCCUUGUAGUUGAUCACUACAGCCAGCGCUUGUACUGGGCUGAUUUUGAGAUGUCGGUCAUUGGAACUGUGAAAAUGGAUGGUUCAGACUUAAUCAUAGCUGUUAGUAGCAAACAAGGCCUACUUUACCCUCACAGAAUUGAUAUCUUUGAGGAUUAUAUUUAUGGAGCAGGUCUGAAAAACGGUGCAUUUAGAAUACAGAAGUUUGGCAAUGGUGUAAUGGAAUACCUUAACCUAAAUGUUGAGAAAACAAAAAGUGUGCUAAUAUCACAUCAUUACAAACAACUAAAUUUGCCUAACCCGUGUCUGGAUUUAAAAUGUGAGUUCAUCUGCUUAUUAAAUCCUUCUGGAGCAUCCUGCGCCUGUUCAGAGGGAAAACAUAUAGUUAAUGGAACCUGUAUGGACUAUAAUGCUGCAGAUGACUUAUGUAAACUGACUUGUGAGAAUAGAGGGAGAUGCAUAAUAAAUGAAAAAGGUGAUCCAAGGUGCCAUUGCUGGCCAAGUUUUUCUGGGGAAAGAUGUGAAAUCAACCACUGUAAUAAUUACUGCCUGAACGGAGGGAUGUGCACAGCAUCUGCACUCGGAAGACCAACAUGCACUUGUGCAGUUGGGUUUACAGGACCCAACUGUGGCCGAAAAGUCUGUGAAAAUUUCUGUCAGAAUGGUGGUACAUGCAGUGUGUCUGCUGGCAAUCAACCUUAUUGUCAAUGCCUUAAUGAAUAUACAGGAGAUCGAUGCCAAUUUCAUGUGUGCCACCAUUAUUGCGUAAACUCUGAGUCUUGCACCAUUGCUGAUGAUGGAAGUGUUGAAUGUGUGUGCCCUAUAAGGUACGAGGGAACAAAAUGUGAAGUGGAUAAAUGUCUGAGAUGCCAUGGGGGUCUCUGCAUCAUCAACAAGAACAGUUAUGAUGUCACUUGCAAUUGCAGCAAUGGAAAAAUUGCCUCUAGCUGUCAACUGUGUGAUGGCUACUGCUAUAAUGGUGGGACUUGUCAGCUGGACCUAGAGACCAACAUACCUGCCUGCAUAUGUUCAGCCAACUGGUCAGGAAAGCAGUGUGAGAGGCCAGCUCCCAAGAGCAGCAAGUCUGACAAUGCUAGUACAAGAAGCAUUGCAAUUAUUGUGCCACUGGUUUUAUUAGUGACCCUCAUGACUACUUUAGUCAUUGGACUUCUACUUUGUAAACGAAGAAGAAGGGCAAAAACAAUACGAAGGCAGCCUAUAAUAAAUGGAGGAAUGAAUGUAGAAAUUGGGAAUCCAUCUUAUAAUAUGUAUGAGGCUGACCAUGGUCACAAUGAUGGAAGUUUGUUAGAUCCAAACUUUAUUAUUGAAUUAGAUAAGUCCAGGUUCAUAGGGGGUGGGCCUACAGCUUACAAAAUUGCCCACAAAGCACCGCCUAUCUACUUAAAUUCUGAUUUGAAAGGACCACUAAAUCCAGGGCCCAAUAAUUACUCCAAUCCAGUUUAUGCAAAAUUAUUUGUGGAUGGACACAAUUGUCGAAACUCUUUAAUCAGCAUUGAAGAAAGAAAAGAACUUCUUCCAAAGAAAAUAGAUAAUGUGAUAAGGGAAACUGUGGCUUGAUCUCUUCUGUUCUAGUACCUUUUUUACUCUGUAUAAAUGUAUAAAUAUGAUUACUUUUCUAUGUACCAACAGUAUUACAAUUGUUUUGUCAUCAGCAUUACCUCUUUUUCCUUUUUUUGUUCUGCUGAUGACUUUAGACCAACCAUUUGUAUGGUAUUUUUAUGGGGGAAAAAACUGCACUACAGUACAAUUUCAAAUACAAUGCUGCUGUUAGAAGACACCCUUUUAUUUGUUAAAAUGGAGGCAACACUAUUUCUUUGUGGGGUCUAAUGAAAAAUCCAUUUUAUAUGAACUUUUUUAGGUUCAAUAUUGUCUUUUCAUUAAAUAAUCCAAAAAAAUAUUGUUAUAAAUUGGUUUAAACUGUAAGAGUAUUAUGAUGCAUUGAAAACCUUUCACAUGUGCCAAUGAGUGCUUAUUUUUUGUCCAGCUAAUAACAAUAAACAUGCAGUACAAUACUAGACAUUCGUUCUCAGUGGAUAAAAGUUUGUAAUCAAAGUUUGUUUUGAUUCUGGGAAUAAGUAGGAGACAACUGUGUUUUUACUGAUGACUGUAAAUUAUGUCAGAUACUUAAGGUUUGCAGGAAGCUCAGCAGUUGGAUUUUAUAAUAUAUGCAUUUUCUUCAAUAGAUAUUGAAGUAACAAAAAAUUAUUUUGACAGCUGUACCACAGAA